AUGUCUUCGCGCGCGAGAUCAUCCCGGAGGUCCGGGGUGCGGGGCAUGGCCCUCGCGCCCUGGAACGUGCUCGCCGCCGGCAAGAUCCGCAAGGAUGAAGAGGAAGCGUCUCGGCGCGCGACGGGCGAGAAAGGCUGCGCGACCUUAGUGAGCGGUUCUAAAUGGGAGCGCGACGAGACGGAGAAGAAGGUCGCGAAGGUCCUCGAGGGCCGAGCGAGCGUGGUUUGCGCGUCCAGCAUCCAGGUUGGUUCGUAG